AUGUUCGUGCACAUUUUCGGCCUCGCAUUGUGUGUCCUGGCGUUGGCUGCUGUGCAAAUGAAGGCACAGCCGGCUUCUGAGACUCUAAGCCAUAAUCUCCAAGAGAGAAAUCCUGUAUGUCGUCGGCGGGGUCAAGGUGCUUACUGUUCGGCCGGCCAUGUGGGCGGAUACAUUGGACCGAUAGACACCGCGCAGGAGCUGAAGGCAGCCCUUAAAGCAACGGCCUUCAAUAAAGAGAUCAUCAUAUUUGCCGAGAACCGCGUCGCACAUGCUGCACACGCGGUGUCUCGCCUUCGCGGAGCAGCAGGUUAUGGCCACGUCUUACCAGUGAUGGAUUCUAGGCUUUGUCAUCGCCUCGGCCGCAUCUUCGUGGCCUUCACAAGUGAACAGGGACCGCUGAGCUGCGUCAGCUACGCCACAGCGGACCAGAGUGGUAUCCCGUACCCCGCCGGCUUCCGCUACUUCCGUACAGGUUUCGGACUGACCGCAUGGUGGCAGAAAUGGUUUACUGUAGCGCGCUCGGUGCUUCUGGGCUACAAUGUGAUGGCGGUGGACUCCGACGUGCUGGUGCUUGACGACUGGUACUGGCGGGUGAAGCAGCCGCCCAUCAGCAGCUACAACAUGAUGAGUCAGGCGGAGUGCGACAUCUGCAUCAACGGGGGCUUCUCGUACAUCCAGAACGCGUCUUCCCGGGGCCCCGUGGCUUGGCUGCUGUACGAGGCUGUGCACCGAGCUGUGCGGUGGGCGGAGGACAGCAGCGCCGUGACGGCACUAUCGCAGCGGCUGACCAGGGAGCCGCAAUGGGUAACUUGCGCGGACGACCAGACUCUGCUAACGGACACCAUGUGGAAUGCUGUCAACGGGAAAAUUGGCUUCGGAUCGAUGCGCUGUAUGCUGAGCGACGACGAAGAAGCGCUGGCAAAGCUGGGCUACGAAGGCAGCAGGCGCAACCACUCCUGCCGACCUCUCUCUUCCCAGCACCACUCUGGACCCACGGGUCGGCCCGGGGAUUUCCAGGGCGCCAACGGCCCUGGCGCGGGAGGGGCCCCAGGCUUCUUCCCCGCGGAUUACGAGUUGACGGGCGAGCUGGCGGAGGUGGCGUGUGACAGCUUCAACGACCCUUGGCACUGCCGCCGCUUCGGAGGCAAUAUCUCGAUACAGAGCGCCGUACUGCGCAUGCCGCACAGCGGCGGGGUGUGGCCUAAGGAGCGGGGCGGCUACCCGUUCAACCCGGAGAUAGGGCCCUACACGCGAGCGUACCGGCAGGCCAUGCUGGAUCUAGGUGUUCCCCUGCCACCUGACCCCGAGGACCCCGCCACGGCGCAGCAGGCUAAGGACACCCAACCGGAGCUGUUCGGUCUGCUCAAUGUCCUCGGCUACCGUGGCGGCGACGGGCGCUGCUCCGGUUGCUGGCUGGAGUCCCAGUGGUACGUCACCGGCCGGCUGGGGUUGUGGCACACGCACCUGAGCGGCGUGCCCCAAGUACAGUCGAUUGGUCACUUGCACGCGGGCCUGUACCCGGGCGAUUUCCAGAAGCUGCUGCUAAUGCAAGUCACUGGCCACUACGACUGGCGAGUGGCAGGACGAUUGGGUGGAGGGCCGUACCGGGUGUUUUACACCAACUACCCGGACUACCGCGCCCUGGAAUGGGCCCUUCUUGAGAAAGUGGAAGACUUCCAGAGGGUGGUGGCGUACGCGCCGGGAGUCAUAACACCGCAGAUGUCCAAGGAGGAUUUCGUUCGCGCCUCGGCGGGUCUUGCGCAGGUGGCUGUAUCCCUGGGGGCGGUGGCGGCCUGGCCGGCAGUACCCUGCACCUCCGACUGGGUUCUAAGCCCCCAGGCACGGGCAUCCAGCACGUCCCCCCGGGGUGCCGCCACCUCGGCGCCCUGGUUCCACAUCAACACGGCAUACACGGUGCUGCCGUUCGGUGAGAGCUGGGAUCAGCUCCAGUGUGAGUGGACGGCGUUCACAUCCGAAGACUGCCUGAUGAACCGGCGGCACAGCUUCCCUGAUGGCCGUGACAGCGGUCGGGGGAUGUUGGCGGUGGAGUUUGCCCACUUGUUGCAACGACGAGCCCACCACAACGCCACCUUGCUGAGGGGGCCCACUCCGGAGACAACCUUGCGACUGACAGAAUGGUAUGAAGUUCAACAGGUGCAUCUUUUGCUGCUCAACUCAGAGGUGCUGCUGCAGCAGCUGCAUCAGCACGAGCCGGUCACCGUAAUGUGGCUCGAUAGACUGGUGGGCGCCGUACAGGGUAUGGCAGACACCACCGAGCAAACCUACAACACGUGGAAACAGAGGUGCCGGGCACUCAAGUACUUCGACCUACCGGAAUAUGAGCGUAAUGCAUGCCUUGCGCCCCCGGGGGCCCAUUAG